UCUCGCCCUAAAAAUAAAGUGCAAGUCUAAGGGUUUAUUCUGCCGAACAACCGGAAACCUUUCGUAGACGUUGAGGAAUCUAAACCCUAGCCGGCUCUCUACUGAGUGAGAUGGGGAUCAAGGCAAAGAAAGCCAUGAAGAAGAAAUUGAAGAAGGCUUCUUCGCACUUAUCAGUUUCCGCGCGCAAAAAUGAAGCUCCCGACUUCUUGCCUCUAGAAGGUGGUCCUGGGCGGAAAAUUCCUGAACAGAAACCACCUGAGGAUAAAGUUACAGUUCUCUACAUUGGUCGGAUACCGCAUGGGUUCUAUGAGAAGGAAAUGGAAGGUUUCUUUUCACAAUUCGGUAAAAUCAAGAGACUAAGAAUUGCACGGAAUAAAAAGACAGGAAAAUCAAAGCAUUUUGGCUUCAUCGAGUUUGAGUCUCCUGAGGUGGCCAAAAUUGUUGCUGAUUGUAUGCAUAAUCAGCUAUUGUUUGAGCACCUUUUGCAGGUCUACCCUAUUCCUCCGCAGCACGUUCAUCCAAAAUUAUGGAGGGGUUUUAAUUACCGAUACAAGCCAGUCGACCGGGUUCAAAUUGAACGAAAGCUGCAAAAUAAGGAAAGAACAUUCGAAGAACAGAACAAGUUGGUAGAAAAUAUCAUGAAGCGAGAUCUGAAACGGCAAAAGAGAAUAGAGGCUGCUGGCAUUGAAUAUGAAUGCCCAGAAAUUGUGGGUAGCAUCCAGCCUGCUCCAAAGAAGAUAAAGUUUGCCGAUGAGUAGGCAUGAUACCUUGGUUGAUUUUAGGACAUGAGAAGUGGUGCACAGGAAGAGAGUUAUUACGAAGAUCUAAGAAGUCGAUCUUUAUCUCAUUUUGAAGGAAACCCGCAGUUCCUCCGACCUUGCAUCCUUGAGAAAUCCUUUCUAAGCUUGCUUUUAUGACUUUUUUGUUCUUGUAAUAUCCUAUUUUUUGGAUGUUGGGUAAUUACUCUUUAAGGAGUCUGGAUGUAGAAUAUGUUACUUGUGAUAGAAAUUUCCAUUCAGUGGUUUUAAAAAGCUCCAAAA